GUACCAAAAGAACCCAGAUCAAGAUCCAUAUUUGAUUUCCCGAAUCCUUCCCCAUCCUCACUUCACAAGUCCUUCAUCUCCUCAUCUCGCCCAAAACACAUACACCAAGAAAAUCCCCAAAUCCGGCAAAGACAAAUUUCCCAAUCAUCUGAAGCCGGCGAGCCAGUGUUCACUGAUUCUCUCUAUCUAAACCCCACACCUCUCUCCAUGCAGCAGAUCUGUACUAUCCCUGCGACAAUCCGUUGGCGACCAUCAGCCCGUCGCCGUCCUCCCUUCACAACGCCUCGCGGCGCCGUAUCAUCGUCGAUCGCCUCGCCGCACAUGCCAGCUUCAACAGAGCACAAGUCAGUCCUCGCCACCACAGCAGAAGCCACCGGUUUCUCCUCUCAGCUGCAUCGUCGUCUUUGACCAUCGACAGAUCCAGUAGCACAAGACGACGGCCGGCAGCGAGAUCCGACUUCCUCAACAUCCUCAACUUUGCGGCGCCCGUACUCAGUCCGGUCAGAACUUCUCUCCAACGAUCACGCAAUGCCACUCUACUCAACCACCAUCAUCGUCGACAAGGCCAAGAAAGGCUCAAUGGUAUCAGUCCGUCUCGGCGGCGUAGAUAGCGCGGCGAUGGGAGGGCAUUUCGGGGAUAGUUAGGAGUUAUUGCAAGUUGUGGGGAGAAAAGAGGGAAGGAUCGUAAAUACGUGGCUUGAGGGAUUGUGGAGCGAGGGAUUUGUGGAGAUUGACGGUGGCGGCGGGAGCGACGAGGUGGUGGUUGGCGAUUGCGAUGAAGGGAAUUAUAAGGAAGCGGACGGUUCGGAGGUGGAAGGGCAAAAAGAAAUUAGGUUUUUUAUUUUUUAUUUUUAAUAAAUGUAAUAAUGACGUGGAAAAUAUAAAAGUUUAUUUUUAAUUUUUAAUUGCCACGUCACUAAAUUAAAUGUCAACUUUGAGAGUUGACUGCCACAUCAGCAAAAGGUAACGGAGUUGGACGGAGAGUGACCAAACGUGAACGGUUUCAUUAAACUGAAGUACCACCAAUGGAUUUAAAUAUUUUGAGUGACCAAACUUGAACGUUUUUUGUAAUCUCAGUGACCAACCAUGCAAUUAACCCGAAGAAAAACACGAUGAGCUCUCUGAGAGGCCCCAAUGUUGGUGCUCUACCCGUAGGGGUGUUCAAAUGGUUACCAUGGUUAUUACCAAACCAAAUAAGGCUAAAUUUCAUUAACCAUGAAAUACAAUAUCAUAACCAAACCAUCCAAAAACUAAUACAACAACCAAAUUAACCAAACUAAAAUUUAAUCGGUUUGGUUAAUUGGUUAACCAGAUUAACCAAUAUAAAAUCAUAUUAUCAUUAAGUGAGAAAAUUUUCGGUUAAAUUAUCAAUUCAUAAUUUAUAUAAGGGUUAAUAUUUUCGUAUGGCCUGAACUUUGACCAAAAUAAACAUCCUGACCAAUCUUUUCGAUCUAUAACAUCCUGGCCCGAACUAUACACCAAAAUAAAAAAUUUGGUCAGAUUCGACUUUUGACCGUUAACUUGGACGGUCAAACGCGUUGACCGUUAGUCAACGCACCAUGUCACUGCCAAGUCAGCAUAUAAUAUUUAAUUUCACACAUUCCCUAAUUUUAAAUUAUUAUAAAUAAUAAAAAAAUCAUCUAAUACCUUAGUUAAACCAAAAAUAAAAAACGGAAAAAAUUAAAUAUUUAUCAGAUCUUCUGACUUGGAAGUGACGUGGCGCGUUGACCGUUAGUCAACGCAUUUGACCGUCCAAGUUAACGGUCAAACAUCGGGUUUGGCCAAAUUGUUUAUUUUGGUGUAUAGUUCGGGCCAGGAUGUUAUAGAUCGAAAAGAUUGGCCAGGAUGUUUAUUUUGGUCAAAGUUCAGGCCAUACGAAAAUAUUAGCCCUUUAUAUAAUUAAUAAAGCAUUCUCAUAAAAAAUAUAAUGAAUAAAACAUAACAAUCAACACAUAGUUAUAGUUGACCCUUAACAUAAAUACAUGCAACUAAGACAAUUAUUUUACAGUUAGUAUAGAAGUAUUCACCUAACAAAAAUUUAUCACAAUGGUAUGGGUUAAUGAAUUGUGUGUUUGUUUGAAUUGACUUAGUCUUUUAGCAAUUUUGAUAGGCUGAAAAGGACCUUGCUUUCAAGUUUUCAUCCAACAUAAUGUAUGAGGUCUAUCUAAAUUAGGCGUUCAUAUGUUGUGGUCUACACUCUACAUAUACAAAUAUACAUAAUAGGAACGAUAUCAAGCUUUAUAUUUUAUGAGUCUAAAAGGAUGAAAGUUUAACUCUUAAGUGGUUAUUCAAAGUAUUAAGUAUGUGUAUAUAUUAGAUAUAUGGCUUAUUAUUUAUCUGGUUAAUUUGGUUUAGCUGGUUAGGAGUGCCUGAAACCAAACCAAACCACCUAAAUCAAACAAGCUAAAAACUUUAACCAAACCAAACCAAUUAUCCAAAUUAACCAAACCAAAUUAUCCAAAUAAUACUUGUUAAAACGGUUACCAUGGUAACCACACCGUUUGAACACCCCUACCUAGCAGUCCAAUCCACUUCAGUGGCCCAGCUCAUGCCUUACGGCCCAUGUUCAAUCCUCGAGUCGAAUUGAUAUCAUCAGGUACAAAUACCCUCCUGUAUCUGCCUACAAGUCUACAACUAAAAGGCAGCUCUUGCAAAGUUCCUAACCCUAUUGCCAUUAAAACGUAGAAAAUGGGAUAUUGCAACAGAGGAGAAAAGAGUUAAGAAGGAUUUGAUCAGUAGUGGUCUAGUGGACAACGGUUAAUUAUACCGGUAACACCUCUCCGAAUAAUGUUCAAACGAGAGUGUUUGAUAUUUUUGAUGACUUAUUUUUUUCCGAAUAAGCUACGUUAAAUUAGCCUACUUACAUGAAUGUUUGGUAAGAGCUCUAGAAAUUAUUAUUUCUAUGACAACUUUACUGAGAAUAAAAAAAACUUGACAUGAGCGUCAGAGUGUUAGUUUUGGAAACUUGUCUUCCAUCUUUGUGUCUCCUAUUUCUAGCAAAAAGAUGUAACCACCGUAAUAACGCUAGUUUGCCGAUUGCUCCAGUUGCCUCGGAGACCACUGGUCGCACAUUGAUAACUACUAGCUUGCCGACUGCUUUAUUCGCAUUGGAGACCCCUCGUUGCCGCACCUUGGUGGCAGCUGGUAUUAGAUUAAUAGCCUCAACGCCAGGUCUGGGAGUAGCUUAGUGAGCGUAGCAGCCUAGCAGGUGUCGACGAGGAAAUUGUAUUUGGCAGCUCUUGUUUGUGAUUUUAACCCGAGAUUAAUAAGUACUUAUUUUAUUACAUAUACAAAAAACUAUUGUUUGACAAAUAAUUUUUGUUUGUUGGACUGUCCUAUGCAAAUUUCAAGUUGGUUACUUGUUAGUUGGCUGUGAAGUAGUUUGGUUGCUAAAGAUUGGAACAAGAUCAUGCCGUUGGGUGAACAAGAAAAAGGGUUGAAAGUUUUGUCUGGAAAGAUCAAUUAUAUUGCUGUUUUCGCAAUAAACGGAUGAUAUUAAC